AUGUGGGUUGGAAACGGAUUCAGCAGAGAGAUCAAUGCGGUUUCUUCCUCUCUAAGGUCUCUUCCUUUUCCGGACGACCCGUACCUUCCUCUCCCCAAAGUCAUCGUCUCCAUUGAUCCUCUCGCUUUCGUGGACGAUGAUACUAAAGUCGUAAUGGAACUAGCGAGAGCUGAGUUUGGAAACAUUCCAAAACGUUAUGCCUUGGAUAUGUAUAAAGAUUCCGUCCUCAUGUUUGUCUUCGGAGACCUGUCAGUAGAAGGGAAGAUUAAAAACAUAUGUGACAUGAGGCUUCAUAACGAGACAUUGAGAGCUAUGGACACCUUUGCCAUGAAAGAGCAGACAAGUAUAUGUGCAAAAGCAAACUGUUCCAGGUCAAUGAAAAUUCCACUGGAAUGCGUAUGUGGCCAUUGGAGUAUGAUAUCCCCCACCGCUGCUGCUGUAUUUAAAAUUCAGCACUUGAAACCUUUGUUCAAAAACACGGUUAACGCGGCCUAUUACUCGCCGGAGAAGAAAAAAGUGGUAAAUAAGACAUUGGAAAUGAAGAGAACCAGAAGGGACCGGGGAGAGAUGGAGGAGCAAUUCUUGAAAGACUUGCUGAGAGAUCUUUGCAUUUACAACAACAAAGGGAGCAACCAAGGAACCUAUGAGCUGAAGCCUGAGUACAAGAAAGUCCCACAGGAGUAG